AUGCUCCUCGUCGCAAUCAAGCACAGCGAUACGCUCAACGUAAUCGCGAUGCAUCACGCGAUGAUGGAAGCUGCGGAAGCGGUGAGCUGGCAAGACAAUAAGCCCAAUCUCCUCCUGUCCCAUUUCUCUUCCUUUCAUUCCACUUUCUCCUGUUUGCUCUCUUCCUCUUCUUGGAGAUUUCAGGCGGCUGUACAUAACACAAGUCCUGUCAGCCUACGCUCACUCUGCCACAGAUCCGCCCAACCACCCGUUCGCACAGUGAGUUGUUUCCUUUCGAUUCACCUUGCUGUCUGCGUCCUCCGACUUCACGAAAUUGAGCUCAGAACUCCACUGCACGCUGCCCUCACUGACUAG